GGAGGAAAUGCUACAGUUGGCUGGUUUGCUCCAAAGAAAAACCGGCGACGAGCAUCCAUACCCGGCAGAGUGAUCCUCCGCAUCCCUGCUUCCAAUUCAUCUUUACCUAAAACAGCAAACCAAGCCAAAUACACCGCAUUUCUUUAACGUUAACGCGCCAGCUGCUCAUUAAACAAGCGACUCUUGUAUGCUGCAGUUUUCUACCGGAGACUAACGGUAAAGAUAAACGGGAUGGAGACGCAGAUACAUGUGCCAGUGGGGUCGCCGGUUAUUCGUAAAAUCCCCAUUUUUGUGGACGAACACAACGUGACGGAGGGGGCGAUGAAGCUCAUUAAAGACCUGAGACCGUCGUGGGACGCGGACCUCGUCAAAACCAAGCUCUUCACAGAUGGAACCACCAACAAGCUGGUGGGCUGCUACGUGGAGGACAGUCCAGAGGACGUGGUCCUGGUCCGAGUUUACGGGAACAAGACGGAGCUGUUUGUGGACCGGGACAAUGAGCUGAAGAGCUUCCAGGUGCUACAUGCUAACGGUUGCGCUCCUCGCCUCUACUGCUCCUUUCUGAAUGGCAUCUGCUACGAGUUCAUGCAAGGGGAUGCUCUUGGGACGCAGGAUGUCAGGGAUCCUUCUUUGCUCAGACUGAUAGCCGGGGAGAUGGCUCGUAUCCACGGCAUCCACGCACACAACGGCUGCAUCCCCAAACCCAACCUCUGGAUCAAGAUGAGGAAAUACUUCUCCCUCGUGGCCACUGAGUUCACCGACCAGGCGUCCAACACCAGGAUCCAGCAGGAGGUUCCCAGUAAGGCGGUGCUGGAGCAGGAGAUGGUGUGGAUGAAGGAGCACCUUUCCACUCUGGGCUCCCCCGUGGUGCUCUGCCACAACGACCUGCUCUGCAAGAACAUCAUCCACAACAGCAAAGAGGGUCACGUCCGCUUCAUAGACUACGAAUACUCCAGCUACAACUACCAGGCCUUCGACAUCGGCAACCACUUCAAUGAGUUUGCAGGAAUGGCCGAGCCGGACUUCGGGCUGUAUCCGAGCCGGGAGAUGCAGAUGGACUGGCUCAGGGUUUACCUGCAGGCCUACAAACAAAAGGAGGAGGUCAGCGAGCGGGAGCUGGAGACGCUCUACGUACAGGUCAACAAGUUUGCUCUGGCUUCUCACUUCUUCUGGGGCUUCUGGGCGCUCAUCCAGGCCAAAUACUCCACCAUCGACUUUGACUUCCUGGGGUACGCGGUGCUACGUUUCAACCAGUACUUUGAGACCAAACCUGCACUGAUGGCUCUGCAGAUCCCAGAAUGAGAGGGCGGGGUGGAGAGCGAAGCAGACAGGAGGCACUUCCUGUAAGGGGCGGGGACUCUUCUUCUCUGUGAGCCAGCUGUCGACGCUGCUUCGUCUACCCGGCGUCCUUUUUCUCUUCUGCAACAAGCACUAUUACUCUUGCUCAGACUUAGCUGCGACUUACCUCUCCCCUCGAUACGAUAACACUUCCAUUGUGUGUGUGUGUGUGUGUGUGUGUGUGUGUGUGUGUAUGCUUGUGUAUGUUUUCUUAAUUUAUCAUGACAGAACCCUCUUCUGGAAGCUGAACAAGGCGCAGAAGUGUGACUUUAGGGUAGACACGACACACUCUCUCUGGGGAAAUGUUCCACAGCGCUGGUGAUGAAGGUCAGAAGAGGGGCGGGACUGUUCGGAUUUUAGUUUGUACGCCUCUCUGUAUCCAUGGCAUUUCACCUGGGGCUCCUCCCGUUUUGCAUGUGUGUGGGGCGAAACCAUUCCCACUUCUAAUCCUUCCUCCUGAUGCUCGUAGCUGCAGUGUUUCUCUGCUGCAACACACGUGUCAUUCCUCCGAUUUUAUUAUUGUUCUGUUGCAGUUUGAGCGCCUGUCUGUUCCUCUUGUAGUUAGUCCAUGCAAGCUACUGCUGCUGCUGCUGCUGCUAGUGUGUGUGUGUGUGUGUCCCUCCUCCCAGACACUGAAUGUGUGAACAGCUUCUGGCGGCAUCACUAUUGUGUUCUAGCAAUGGGUGAUAGAGAGAGAGUAGCAAAAAUGUGCAUUAUAUUUAUUUAACGUGGAGACCUUAGUUAACAUCUCAGGUGUAACAGUUCUACGCUUUUGCGUUGCCGUGGUUAGCUUAGCUGAGGAGGAGGAGGAGGAGGAGGAGGAGAUGGAGACCUGUGUGCGUGUGUUUCUGCCCCUCCUUUUUGACUUUUAUGGUUCCAGCAAAUCGCUCCAUUAAACUUUCCAGACCUGUUGGAAAAUCACAACCUUCGUCAGCCUUCCUCUCCUCUCCUCCCUCCUCCCUUUUAAAGCUGCUCAGAUGGAAGCAUCAUAAGUCUCAGCCCCACACCGACACCCGUUCUCAUCCCACUCCUGGAGCCACGUUUUCUGACAUCAUCAGACGUUGCAUAAGUUAUAUCCGGGGGUCUAAUCAGGUCUAGCUUACAGAAGGAGGCAGGAAUGAGUUAUCUAUCUGGGGCAGUGCUGCAGUUAUGAGAUCACCUGUUAUUACCUGGAUGGAAAAGCAUGUCAUGUGACACUCCAGAUAUAUAAGCAAGAAAAAAGUAGGUGGUUGAUUAAAGCCUUCAGUCUGCUGAGUGGCUCUUUACUCUUCUCCUUUUUUCCAUAUUCUGGUUCCUCAUAGUUUAAGACUAUAGUACUACAUGGCAACUUCCUUCCUUUUAUUCAAUUGGCCUUGAAUUACAAUCUUUACAGGCUUUUAAACGACCCUAUAUUUCUAUAUGCGAGGUACCGUGACACUGAGCAGUCUCUCAGUAAGUUUCACCACAAGCACUUUCGUGUCCAGGAUGCCUUCAUUGACCAAUGACUGAUCCGAUUGGACUGGACUGAUAAAGGCAACAGAUGAUGAAUGAAUGAAUGAUGAAUGAAUCUCAUUGAGUUCAAGUGCCCUCUUUGAUCCCCAGACCCAGCAGGGGGAGACACUGAGCUCUGACCUUUGUCCCCCUCUGCAGCUCUCAUGUAACUGAUGGGUUUAAUAAUUUACCGAGUGAAGCAGCAGCAGCAGAGACACUGACGGAUUUCCAGUCAGGACCGUUCACCUGAGAGAGAUCACGUUUGUGUUUCAGAUGUGACGGUGCUUCUCAUCCUGAUACGUGGAGAUCAGAAUCUCCAAAAUGUGAAUUAUUUAACUCAUAAAUGAGCUACUUAGCGCAUGUAUGAGAUACAUAAGAAGGCUACCUGGACAUUGUCCUGAAAAACCAGUAGUGCAUUCUUCAUUUGAGGAUACUCAAGAGGCCCCUAUCCUAGAUUUGCUGAAAAAAGGGCAAACCGUUAGCCUGCCGCUUGAACGCACAUUCCUAAUAGUAGUAAUUCCUCCUUGAGAAUAAGGGCAUUUGCACUGAAUCAUUCUCCAUGUACUUAACAGAGGUAACUGAAACCAAGUGUAAAUCAUAGAGCCCUAAUUAUCAUUAAUAAUAAGGGCAGCUUUAUCUACUUGGGAAUUUAACCCAACAUGCUAGCAUACAGUAAUGGGUAAUGCUAAAUGUAGCAUUGGACUGAAAUCACUUUCUGCUCAGGACUGAGGUACAAAUCAGUAAGUUACUCAUGUUGGCUCUCGGCUCUCCUUGAGAAGAAAAUUGCCGGCCGAAGCACAGAAACAGAAACAUGUCUUAUGGGACAGGAUGAGGGCCGCUUGGAUUUCCUUUUUCAUCUGACCAAAAGUUGAAGUUGUUGUUCAGGGUUUGUUUGUUUUCCGGAUAUACAAGUCAGAAUUCCAACUUUUAUCUCAGAAUUUUUACUUUGAUCUCAAAAUUCUGACUUUUAUCUUGAAAUUCGAACAAUUUUCUCAGAAUUCUGACUUUUAUUUUUAAAAAUACCAACUUUUUUUCUGAAAAUUCAGACUUUCUAAAUAUCCUGACUUUUCUUCUCAAAACUCCAAAUUGAAUCUAAAGAAUUCUCUCUUUAAUUUCAAAAUACUGACUUUUUUUCUGACUUUUAUCUGAGACCUCAUAAAAUAUUUCGCUUGUGGCCCGAAUCCUCUUCCGUGCAGUCUCCACCUGUAGAGAUUCAGUUACAGGAAGUUCAAUUAACUCUAUGUUUAGAUUAAACACUAAAAUAAAGGUUUACACUUUAAACUUUUUUAAUUCAAAGACGGGUUUAAAUGUUGGUGCAACGCGAUUUUAAACCUGGUUUUGUUCAGGUUUAAACACAUUAUUGUUAGUGCACUCCUAAAUCCACAAGUGUUUCAGGUGCAUAUGUGGAUAUAACAAAAAGAAUCCUUCAUAAAAUAAGUAAAAGGCGGAUCUCUCUUCUAAAUGUUCUUAGUAAUUUAUUUUCUUAACCAAAAGGAGUUAGGGUAAGGUUUUGCACUGUUGACUGCACUUACAAUCAAUUUGGACAUAGUUGUGGCUCUACAGACCAUAACAGUUAAAGGAAAAUCUGAUCAUGAAGUAUCAUUAAGUCAUUCCAACCGCUCAUUCACAGUUAAUCCAAACGAGAAGUCAGAGUGUGUUUAAAGACGUACUACUACUAAUCAUCUGUACAUUCGAUGCGUCUUUCUUAAUGUUAGAGCUUUUAUGUUGUUUUAACAGGGUUUUAUUUAUUGAGUGAAUCUAACUUUGCAUUUCUCACCUUGCUUUCUGUUUUCUAGUCAUACCCACAUGGUUAGCGUCAGAGGGUUUGCAUUGCAGUUCACGUGAGAGUUUGUGUGUGAUUUGACUAAUUUCGAAGAAACACUGUACAGAUGACUGAUUCUUUUUUCUCUUUGUACGCUGAUAUUUACUUUUCUGUAAAUGCUUUUGAGCGCUGUGUGAAGGGGAGCCGGCGUGUAGCUUGCAGAUGUGAAGUUUGUAAAUGUGCUCAUCCACUGCUAACGGGGAGGGAGGAUGUAAAUACUGUAAGAAAUACUGUGAAAAGCUUACUGUACAGUGAUCCUUCACACCUUUAGGAGUGGCAAGAUUAAAUAUUUAACAGUUGUCAGUAAAUAUUUCCAUUAAAAUGUAUAAAAUAAU